AUGGGUGCCGCCAGCUCUUCGGCGCUGGCCCGCCUCGGCUUCCCCGCGCCGCGUCUCUCCGCGCAGUCCCGGUCCUGGUGGCUCGGGGUGGCCGCGCUGGGACUGGCCACCAUGGCGCUGGGGGCCGUGGCCUGGCGCCGCGGGCGAUCCAGAAGGCGCCGGAGACUGCAGCAGGUGGGCACUGUGGCGCAGCUCUGGAUCUACCCGGUCAAGUCCUGCAAGGGGGUGCUGGUGAACGAGGCCGAGUGCACGGCCCUGGGACUGCGCAGUGGCCACCUGAGGGACAGGUUUUGGCUGGUGAUUAAGGAAGAUGGACAUAUGGUCACUGCCCGUCAGGAGCCUCGCCUGGUGCUGGUCUCCAUCACCUAUGAGAACAACUGCCUGAUUCUUGAGGCCCCAGGCGUGGACCAGCUGGUUUUGCCAAGCAAGCUGCCUUCUUCACACACACUGAAGGACUGCAGGUUAUUCGGUCUUGACAUUAAGGGCAGGGACUGUGGCGACGAAGCAGCUCAGUGGUUCACCAACUUCUUGAAAACAGAACCUUUCAGGUUGGUUCAGUUUGAAGCACACAUGAAGGGGAGACCAUCAGGGAAAAUCUUCUCUCCUUCCGUACAGAAUUAUGAGGUAGCCUACCCAGACUGUAGCCCAAUUAUGAUCCUCUCAGAAGCCUCCUUGGCAGAUCUGAACACCAGACUGGAGAAGAAAGCAAAAGUGGAGCAUUUCCGGCCAAAUAUCAUGGUGGCAGGCUGUGGUGCUUUUGAAGAGGAUACCUGGGAUGAACUCCUAAUUGGGAAUGUGGAGCUGAAAAAGGUUUUGGCUUGUCCCAGGUGCAUCAUGACCACUGUGGACCCUGACACCGGAGUCAUAGACCGGAAAGAGCCCCUGGAAACCCUGAAGAGCUAUCGCCUGUGUGAUCCCUCUGAGAAGCAUAUAUACAAGUCAUCCCCACUUUUUGGGAUCUAUUAUUUGGUGGAAAAAAUUGGGAGCCUGAGAGUUGGUGACCCUGUGUACCGGAUGGUGCAGUGA